CGUCUUCAAACAAAACUAUUGACAUUUAUUUUACAUCGAACCACAGCGGGGUAUUUGAAUAAAAAGACGACCGUGUAAUUGCCAGGGUGGGUGACUAAAACCAAUGUUCCAGCGUGAUAGGCCUAGACUACAUGGAUAAACUCGUCUGAUCUAAUUUGCAUACUUCUUCUUGGUCUUCGGUCUGGUUCAUGUUUGACACAAUGUCACUUCCACCAGAAAAAAUCACCGAGCUCAAGCAGAUCAUCCACACCCAGCUGAAUCAAAUGGAUGUCCAGACUCGCAUCCGUGAUGUCCUCUCCUCAUCAGUCCUGGACGAGAGCCGCGGAGGAAGGCCCCAUCCUCCCAACCAAGGAUUCGGGGAGCAAGAGUUAGUCCAAGUCCUCCGUGAUCAGGGCAUCAUUGAGGAUGUCAUGAGUCAACUUCAAUUCAGCGGGGCAUCCGGGAUGCAGCCGGCACCCCAGUCUAGGGUGGCUCCGAAACACAGCAGACCUGCCACACAUUUUGCUGACAAGCAGGAUCGCGUUGUGGGCGUCCCUCUAAAGAAGGCCAAUAUCGACCCUACAAGACGCUACCUGUACCUUCAGAUUCUCAGCGGCAAAGCCUUCUUGGAGCAUCUCCAAGAGCCUGAGCCACUUCCUGGCCAGACCACCUCUACCUUUGUGUUACACAUCAACUUCCGUGGCCAACGCUUCCGAUCCAGACCCGUGCCUUGUGCAUGUGAUCCAGACUUCCGAGAGGGGUUUCUGCUGGAGCUUCACAAGGAAAGUGGAGGUGAUGCUGCGAGAAUGCUGGACAGCACGUCCAUGUUGUCCAUCUGUGACCCAGUCCACCUGGUACUGGUUAAAACAGACACUUCAGGGGACACCAGUCUUGUAUCCUCCCACUUACUACAAUGGCGUACAGUGCUGAGCUCACAGGAUGCCAGACAGACUAUCCCGGUUGAACUCCUUGGCCUAGGGGCAGAGAGUAAGGUUCCAGUGGGUAUGCUUGAGGUCAAGCUAGAACUCCUUCCAGCACCAGGUCAACAAAUCGCAGAAGAGGUCAUCAGUACACAGAUCAACCUAGAGAGAAGUCGCAUAUCAGAGCGUGAGCGGCUGUUUCUCGUCUACGCUAAGCAGUGGUGGAGGGAGUUUCUUCAGAUCAGGCCGUCCCACCAAAACAGACUGGUCAAGAUAUUUGCGCAGGAUGAGAAUGCCACAAACCGUCCAGUGUGUGCCUUCGUCAAUCCCCUGAGAGCCGGUCGCCUUCUUGACACCCCGCGCCAAGCUGCUAGAUUUGUCAGUGUGAUGGGGUAUGAACAAGCCUCAGCGGUGGGCGGGGGCCAACCCCGAGAACAGUGGAGCAGCAUGCACGCUUUCCUAUGCAAAAAUAAAGGGGAUUGUGAGGACCAUGCUGUGUUACUGUGCAGUCUACUAUUGGGCUUUGGACUGGAUGCCUAUGUGUGUGUAGGAACCAAGGCCAAAGGGGCAGCCCAUACCUGGGUAGUGACUGUAGGGGUCGACGGACUAGUCACCUUCUGGGAAAGCCUCACUGGACACAGAUAUAUCCACCAGCCAAUUAAUCCUAACGAUCCACCAAUAGUUGAACAACCACGACCACAGUAUCCAUAUCGGACCAUUGGUUGUGUCUUUAAUCAUCAGCGGUUCUUUGCAAACAGCCAGCCAUCCGAUAACGUGGAGGUCUGUCGCUUUGAUUUCCAUGAUGAGUCUCUAUGGAAAUCCAUGAGUGUUGAUGCUAUUCAGUCAAUAUGUGCCGCUGGUAGUCAGGCAUCGUGGCCCAGUCUGCCUCCUUUAGUUCCCUCGCCCUUCGAUGCAGCUUUACUGAGUAAUGAGAUUGAGCUGUCACUCAGGAGUCUGGUCUCAGACCAUCGGAAGGAUCUUGGCUUGACUUGUGUCUGGGACCCUGAACUCUCGUAUCUCUUGACCCCAGCCCUGGCUGCCUACGAGUUGGAGCGCUCUGCCGGCAUGGUCGCCGGCAACGAGGAAUUCCAGCAGGCAAUACGCCGAGCCGUCCCGGACGGACACACCUUCAAAGGAUUCCCCAUACAGUUUGUACAUCGGAAUGCACGCAGGGCGUUCACUGCCUGUCUAAGAUCACAAGUGUGUGAAGAAAUAAUCUGUUGUCGUGGCGACUGUGUAAAGCUUGCUGUGCGUGUACGAGUGUUCACGUACCCAGAGUCAGCGUGCGCUGUCUGGAUUAUGUUUGCCUGUAAAUACAAGUCAGUGCUGUAAAAAUGCUUAGAUCGAUUAUUAGAGGAUGAUGGUUGGAAGCCUUGCCUAGGCCCUUCCAAAACACUGCAGGUGUGUGAUUUAUCAUGAUUCCAAGAUUUGACCCUGGUCAUUGCCUUGGUGCCCCCUUGAAGUGUUUAAGUACAAACUUACAUUUCCCUCAUCAAAUUGCCCUUUACUAAAGAAAUAACUGCCUUGCCCUAAUAAAAUAAUGAAAUAUAAAGCCAGUUGCAAGUAAUUUAAAGGUGCCCUUUGCUAAGGAGAAUUUGCCUUGCUUCUACAAGAAUGACUAUCAGGUCAAUGCCUUCGUGCCCCUGUUGCUUCAGUGCCCAUUGAAGUGUCCAAGAGGUGCCCAUUAUUAAGGAGAAACUGCACUGCCCCUAAAAGAAGGACUUGUAAGGUUUGUGAUUCUAAUGUAUAAAAGGGAGAUAAACUUGUACAUAAACUCGACUGAAUGUAUCAAAUGUUCUCAUAAUUUAUUACAUAACAAACAUGUACAGAGAUGUACUCCUCAUUUAACUUUUGACUUUCCUUUUUAUUUUCUUGCAAGUAAACAACCACAAAUUGUGGAAUAAAAACAUGUAGAAAUACACCUUAAAGGUUGUUUCAGUCUUGAAAUUAUUUGCAUUCCAAAGGAGGGAUAAAUGUAUGUUGCAACAGCUUACCAAGUAAAUAAUAACACCAUAAAAUUAAGCGAUGGUAUGUGGACAGAGAUACGUUUAAGAACAAUAUAAUUUGUAAAUAAAAUACAAAAAUAGUUUCACAGAGUGAACUAAAGAUGUAAGAUUUUGUAAAUAAAGUAAAUGAUAAGUUUUAAGUUGGAUUAAAUUUGAGGAAGAAAAGCAGAACAUUUCCUGGCAUGUUUUGUAUUUAGUUUGUAUCUAAAUCAAAACUGGAUUUAGAUUUCUUCCCCCAAUGUUUGUUGGGCUUUUACACUUGACCCACUGCAUUGAUCAUCAACACACCAAACUACACUAGUAGUAUUGUCAGUAUAGACGAUGUGACCUAUGUUUACAUUCAAACUGCCCUCUGUUAACAAAACACUGUUUACGUCAUAUUUCACCGGGCAAAAAGACGCAUACAUGUAGUCAUGGUAAGAUUAUGUGUACUUUCUAGUUGGCUGCCAAAACACAAAGGUUUUGUCCGCUGGUAUGCGUGCACAUCAUGUUAUGGUUUUUGAGGUCACAUCAUCUACAAUUGGCAAGUGAAUAAAAAACAUGUUUGAUGUGUAUGUUACAAUUUUACAAUUUUGUCCGAGAUCUGUGUACUUUGCUUUUAUUUUUAGCUAUAGAGCGGAGUGCAAAAUCUCACAGAGAUACUUAAAGCAGAACAUUUGUGCUAUAUAAAAAUAGGAAUACAUACUAGGCUGUCACACUCAAAGAUGUGUGUGAAAUGGUUGGUCUUGGUGCCCCUUCAAUUUCCCACAGACAUCACCAUUUUCCAAUGGAAGUGCCCUUUGCAAAAGGAAAAUGGCCUUGCCCUGUCCAAGAUGAAAUUCCAGGCCUUAAUUGUCCUUUACUUUAUCCAUUCAUCGGGGGUUGGUGAAAUGAGAAUGAAAAUACUGAGCUACAUGUACCAGUGCCUUCAAGAGACUGGGUUAAUACAUUUCACACACCAGAAUGCAACCAUGAAGAGAUACAUGGCCAAUUACCCUUAUGGGUCACUGCAUUCAAAUGUUUGAAUGUUGAUUUUGCAAAAUGUACAGUUUUGAAAUUCUUAUUCGGUUCACUUUGUUAUGGACUUUGAUGUGUACAUCAAAUACCUGAACCCUUAUGCACCAUUUACUUUAAGCGAAAAAUUUAUCGUAUGGACACAUUAACCAUUUUUUUUUGUCCAAAAUGGAAAGCCCAACAAAACAGGUCACAAUAGCGCCCUUUAGGACCCUGGACACUAUUGGUAAUUGUCAAAGACCAGCCUUCUCACUUGGUUUAUCUCAACGUAUGCAUAAAAUAACA